UUCUCUUUCCCUCUGUCUCUAUUUUUCUCUGUCUGUCUCUUUUUUUCUCUGCAUCUCGUUCCAUCCUUGCCUCUUCUCUCCUCUUGUCCUUUCGACUUUUCUCUCCUCCGCUCGACCGUACCAUUCGUAUCGCGCCGUACCUCGCCGGAUUAAUAAGGUGAUGAACGACGAGUGGGUGCUGACUGGGGGAUAAGAGCCUCGGCCGCAUUCGGUCUCGUCUCGACGCCUCGUGGUGAUGUGGGUGCUUGGUGGUGGUGGUGGUGGUGAUGAUAAUGAUGAUGAUGAUGAUGAUGAUAGUGGCGCGUUGAUACGAGGCGACCACGCUGUUCGCGAGAUUGUGUACAGACGAAUGCGCCUUCCUCGCCGGUGUGUAUCCCAACAAAUCAGCGUGGCUGAUCCGUGUCCCGAGCGUUGUCGCCGAUAAUUUUUCUUCUUCAGGAUCUCCCACGUAUUUUGCCAUUCACGUGAUUCCGGAUCGGAGCGCGAGCUGCAAAACGCCGAGAGAGGGUCAGGGUGAUCGACCGGGAGACGGCGACGCUUCGCUAAAGCCGUCGUUGCAUUUCCGAGAGACGUGCAUUUAUCUUAGAAAAGUUUCUCCUCGCCGAGAGAACGCGGUAAACAACACAAAAGUCCGCGAUCGACGAGAGGAACAAGCGUAAACGUUUUCGCGUCUUAAUUUAUUGAUCGAGCCAUCGAUCGAGCUACCCUAUCGCGGACUUUUCCCCAGGUUUCGGCGAGUGUUCUAAAAUAUUCGCGAUAAUUUCGCUCAGCGAUGCAGUCACGUGGCUGACUCUCGCUCAUAUACAUAUUUAUGAUGAAACUUGCCCAGCCGAAAAUCGUCGGCGAAACGGAUCGGGAUUCCGGAGCUGCUAGCGCGAUCGGUCGAUGCUUAUAGCAGGCACUACUAUGACACUCGGUUUAGUUGCUGACAUUCAGAAUGAGCUAUGCACAGCACACAGGUACGGACUCCUUGACCUCUUAAAGUCACGACACGAUACGACACGAAGAGUAUACUUGGUCGCGCGAGUAUGUGUAAACUGCUUUCGACAAUACGGCGAGGCUUAGGCGAGAAUUGCAGCUGCGGUAUAACUCGAGGGGACUUCUUGCGAUCGAAGGCUUUUCGAGAUUUCAAGAGGGUCGUAGUUGACACGGAGAAAACCAACGUCAAAUCUGGCUUCCCGCACGCCUUUCAUCCCUGCUAUGUUCUAUCUCUCUCUCUCUUUCUUUCUCUCUCUCUCUCUCUUUCUCGCGAAUCCGCAAUACGGCGUAACCAAUCCACCACCGUAAUCAGUCAUAUCCGCAACGGUUUCCGGACAAGCGAAAUCGUCGCAAAACUUUCCAACUGCGAGAAUUGAUUGCGAACAACUUGAAAAGUCCCUGCUCGUCAUCCAUCACGCGCGAACACUUAUCAAUUAUUCUUCGCUAUUGAAGACUCGAUAGCAAAGUCUAUCGGGUAUUAUUAUCCGCAAUCCAUUUCCAAUAAGUCAUUUCCGAUAAGUUACUCCGAAAGAGAACAUGCGCAAAAUUGCUUGAGAAAACGAAACGGUGUAAUAGUCGUAUCGCAAAGUGUAUCAGCGUCAUUAACCGCGUCCACGAGACUAUUCUCUUUUGUACUGUGAACUUUCGAUCUUGGACUGCGAAAUUCUAAAUGUCUAAAAGAAGGAAGGCACCAUUUCCGAAGUUAAAUAAAUGUUUUCGAACGCAAACUUCACGAGUGUUUGAAUUGUGAUUGAAUGAACGUGCAACGUGAAGUACAAUUUGCAAAAUAUAUUAAAUGCGAUCGUAAUGAGCGAAACUUUGUCGAAAAAUCGAGACAAGAGAGAAUUUUCAAAAUCCUGUCAAUUAAUCGAUCGACAAUAGCGAUCGCAGCGGAGAUCAAAUUCCGAUCAGGACAAUUUAGCGAUAGCAUGAGGUCGACGAAAGUGGUACAGGAUCGUAAGGGAUGAUCGAGCAUAGAUCCCAAUGACAUCUCGGCGGGGCGGGAGCGAGGGGUUUAAAAGUCCUCCCAGCCCUCCGAGCAGCGGUUCGGAGGACAACGGUUUCACGAACCGACCCCGAGUGGCCGGACUCUACGUCAAAAAUCUGAGCCGAGAGGAAUUGGAUGAGUUGUCGAAGGAGGGCAUCUACGGACCAACGGGAAAUCCGGACGAUCGACCUAGAGACAGCGGUAGUCAGAGAAGUCUUAAUCUCCCAGGCAGCAGCAGGGACUUCGACGCUCACGAUUACCUCAGAGGUGCGAUCUCCAGGACACCCCAGCCACCUAGAAGAUCCGGCGUCGGAGCCAGAUAUCGAGAAUACGGCGAGAAUUUAGUGCGAAGGGAUCAUCAUGGCUCGCUUCCGGUGGAAAAGAGUUGGCCAAGGCGACUGGAGGAUCGUCCGAGGCAGGCUUCGCCGGAGAGAUUCGCUCGAGGAUCCUCCGAGUUCCCUGUCCGAGGUUCCUACGAUCCGUUCGUCCGACCCGGCGUGUCACCCAGAGCAAGUUCCAUCGACGUACGGAUCACUAGCGAGGAGUCCAGACCGCGUCGCUUCGGAGAAGGUUCCAGGUACCUCGAAGGACUCCCUCCUCGCAUCCCUUCCUCGAGAGAACCUGAGAGAGACCAACGAUCUUCGAUCGAGCGAUUGCCGCCAUCGUACGCGGGUCUGAGUCCACCCGAGUACACCGAGGCGGCCAAGAUUCGUCCGAAAACUGCGACGAGGGUCCAUCGGGACGGCGACGAGGAAACAUGCAAACAGCCGGGUUCACCGCCGGCGGAAGAGAGCCGGGAGGACGUCGUGAUCUUCAAGACGAUGAACAUUGGCGGAAGAGCGGAGGAAAUUCCGAGUUUGUCGCGGACGUCCUCGGUGACGGAGAAGCCGAUCUCUCCGGAGUCCAAGAAGAGCGAGUCCCCGCCAACGAAGAGAGUUGGCUCCAGGGUGCAGGACAGUACGAGGUUGCGACCCCCAUUGGCCGGAACUGCCGGCACCUCUGCGGAUUCCGGUACCGGGGAUUCCGGAAGCGCGGAGAUCCAGGCGGAUGUCGUGACUCCUCAAGCAACAUCGGGCGACGUUCUCGAUCCUAACAUGUCUACGAUCGAGGGCAAGUCACCCGGUGCGAAGACACCGGGCGCCAAAGGCGGCAAGCAAACAGUCAAACCAUUCACGAAGGAGAGCCUCGACAGGCUGGAAAACAAGACUGUGCAAUUAGUGCGCGAGUAUGGCUUUCAACCUAAGAGAAAAAUGUCGGUGGAAGACGGUGCCGUACUGCCAAAUAAAUUCGAACCAUUCCCGAACGAGCUCUACGGUAGGCCAUUGGAAGAAAUCGACAAUUUCAUCUACGACGAGACGUUCUGCGUGGUGUCCAAGAGGUUUCGCAAGAACUACAUCCAUAGAUUUACGGCAACGAAUAGUUGGUUCAUCUUCUCACCGUGGAAUUGUGUGCGACGAUUCUGCAUCUUCCUGAGUACGAAUCAGUACUUUGAUUACGUGGUCAUGACUACUAUACUUCUUAACUGCGUCUUCCUGGCCAUGACCGAAACCAUCGAGGAAGCAGAAUAUAUCUUCCUAGCCAUAUACACGGGGGAAAUGGUGGUCAAAUCAAUAGCAAAGGGAUUUAUACUGAACAAGUACACUUAUCUACGGAAUCCGUGGAAUUGGUUGGACUUCGUGGUGAUUACCAGCGGAUACGCGACUAUCGGGAUGGAAGUCGGGAAUCUGGCCGGUCUCAGAACGUUUAGGGUGUUGAGAGCACUUAAGACUGUAUCCAUUAUGCCAGGUUUAAAGACUAUCAUCAACGCACUGUUGCACAGCUUCAAGCAACUUGCCGAAGUAAUGACACUGACGAUUUUCUGCCUGAUGGUUUUUGCACUGUUCGCCUUGCAAGUUUAUAUGGGGGAACUUAGGAAUAAAUGCGUGAGGCACCAAGAGCCGAACGCCACGCAAAUCGAUUGGAUCGAGUGGACUUGGAACUCAUCCAAUUGGGCGUUCAACGAGGCUGAGGAGCCAAUCAUCUGCGGCAAUGUAACCGGCGCCAGGCAUUGUAACGAGAGCUACACUUGUCUCUGCGUUGGCCCUAAUCCAAACCACGGUUACACCAACUUCGAUAAUUUCCUGUGGUCAAUGCUCACCACCUUUCAGCUGAUUACGUUGGAUUACUGGGAGGACGUCUAUAACAAGGUGUUGUCGGCGUGCGGACCUAUUAGCGUCACGUUCUUCACGGUGGUUGUAUUCUUUGGCUCAUUUUAUCUACUAAACUUAAUGCUGGCCGUCGUGGCGUUGAGUUAUGAAGAGGAAGCCGAGAUUACAAACGAGGAACGAAGGAAGGACUUGACGGAUCAUCGGGAGGACUCGACGUUUAGUUUCGAUCCGUCGAAGAUCAACAUCAAGACACUAACGAAAGAUAAACAAAAGAGGAUAGACGCCCGUAAAGGAGUGUUGCUCAGCAGUUACACAAGAAAGAAGACACGUAGAAGAAAACGUGGGAGGAGCAGCGCUGGUCAGGAGAAAAACGGUGGUGCUCGCAGCAGGUCCGUGACACCCAGUCCGAGUCCGAGUCCCAGGCACUCCAAUGUACGACCCUCUCACUUGCCGCUCCAGAACGUCAGUCCCAGACCGCCGGAACCCAACACGGUUCAUCGGCUGGCGCCGAACCGGGGCAUGCUGCACUCCAGACAGGCCAGCAACAACAGCAAUCAACAGUCGUCGCUGGACGACUCGGGGGUGGUGGACGACCACGAGGGCGACGACGUCACGUCCGCCGAGGAGCAGCACGACAGACGCGAGUCGCGGGAGCAUCGGACCGAGAGGACCCAAGAGAAGUCCCCGAGGGAACACGGCAGGUCUCAACAGGCCCAGGUGCAACCGCGUCCAGACUGUCCCCCGGCACCGGUCACCGUGUCGGUGAGGACCGGCAACCGAGAGAUUCGGGUGCUCAAGUGCAAUGGGGUCAAAACCAAGAAACAUAUGUACACGCUGCCGCCAGAGUACCUGUCGCACAUUGUAGUUUUAGAUGAUCUUCCAGAUAGAAACUGCGAUAAAUGUAUUCAAUGCUGCGUAGAUUACGAAGGAUGGCUACGAUUUCAAAAUUGUCUGUAUAAGGUGGUGAGAGAUCCUUUGUUCGAGCUAAUGAUCACCCUCUGCAUCGUUCUAAACACUGGUUUCCUCGCGAUGGAGCAUCAUGGCAUGAGCGAGUCGAUACGGCAGGCGCUCAACAUCGGCAACAAAGUGUUCACCAGCAUCUUCACAUUCGAAUGCUGCCUGAAACUUCUGGCGCUAAGCAAGGACUUCUUCAACAACGGCUGGAACAACUUCGAUUUGAUCAUCGUCUCCGCGUCGCUUAUCGAUUUAACGUUCGAGCUGGUGGACGGUUUGUCAGUGAUACGUGGUCUCAGACUGCUGCGUGUUCUAAAGCUGGCGCAGUCUUGGACGACCAUGAAAGUUCUUCUCAGCAUCAUUAUUUCGACGAUCGGCGCGCUCGGUAAUCUGACCUUCGUGCUGGUGAUUGUGAUCUACAUAUUCGCUGUGAUCGGCAUGCAGUUAUUCAGUAAAGACUACACCCUGGACAAGUUCUACCCAGACCCAGUGCCACGCUGGAACUUCAACGAUUUUUUCCAUUCAUUCAUGAUGAUAUUCCGUAUUCUGUGCGGUGAAUGGAUCGAGCCCCUGUGGGAUUGCAUGCGCGCAGAAAAAACGAUGGGCCGCACGUGCUUCGCCAUCUUUCUGCCGGCUCUAGUGAUGGGAAACUUCAUGGUCCUGAAUCUCUUCUUGGCGUUGUUGCUCAACAGCUUUAAUUCCGAGGAACUGAAGCAGAAGAAGGAGGAGGUCGGCGAAGAGUCGAAGCUCGCGCGAUCGUUCGAUCGUAUAAGAUCGAUUGUACGCAAACAGAAACAUCGCAAGGAGAAUUCCGAGAACGAGAAGAACAUUCGACUGGAACAAAUCGUACGCGAGGUGAUGGACAAAGAGAAUAAGGAGAAAUAUGCGAUCCAAGAGACCGUGCUGAGCCUUCCUAAAGACAAUAUUUACAAUAGGUCGUAUCAGGAGAGUCUCAAUCAGCCGGUCUUUACAUACGAUCCGAUUUAUCGUCAGGCCACUCUCACCACCUACAGCCAGAGCAGUCAGGAGACAGUUAAGGAGAACAAGAAAUUGACUGAGAAGGGUAACAGUAACGAGAUCAAUCCUGAGGAAAGUAUAGAGCUGGAAGUGCUCAAAGACGUUAACAAGACGGAUGAAGAAGCAGCUAUGCUGCCAGAAGAGAAACCACCUCCGCGCAAGGAAGGUAUGGAGAAACGUCCUUGGCACGCCCUCGUGAGUUACGUGGACGAACUCACGGUCGGAGGUAGAAGAGACAGUAAAGGGAGAUACAUCGACGGGAUGGGCUCGUUCCCGGGAUUCGGCAGGAAUAAGGAACGCAGGGAGCCGCUCGAUUGCUUUCCUCAACACUUUUAUCAAAAAUGUAGCUGUAUUAAUCGUUGCCUCGCCACGGAUAUCGGCAAGAAGUGGAUAAGAAUUCGUACGGUUGUCUUGUCGGUGGUGGAUACGCCCGCUUUCGAAUGGAUGAUACUAGUUUUAAUUUUCGCAUCUUCCAUAACGCUGUGCUUCGAGGAUAUCUACUUGGACGACAAUCCUUUUUUAAAGAACAUUCUCUACUGGACCAAUCUUGGCUUCUGCACGCUUUUCAGCAUCGAGAUGCUCUUAAAAUGGCUAGCCCUAGGCUUCUGUAAAUACUUCACCAGUUUCUGGACAAUCCUGGAUUUUAUAAUCGUUUUCGUAUCCAUGUUUAGUCUUUUGAUAGAGGAAAAUGAGAACCUCAAAGUAUUACGAUCCCUGAGGACGUUGCGCGCCUUGAGGCCAUUGCGGGCGAUCUCGAGAUGGCAAGGCAUGAGGAUCGUAGUGAACGCGUUGAUGUAUGCAAUACCCAGUAUAUUCAACGUGCUCCUCGUCUGUCUCGUGUUCUGGCUUAUUUUCUCGAUAAUGGGCGUUCAAUUCUUUGGCGGCAAGUUUUUCAAAUGCAUCGAUGAAUACGGAGAAAUGCUGGACACCUCGAUAGUGAAUACCAAGGAGGAGUGUUUCAGCAAAAACUACUCUUGGGAGAACAGCAAGAUCACUUUCGAUCACGUUGGCAUCGCUUACCUGGCUUUGUUUCAAGUGGCGACUUUCGAGGGAUGGAUGGAGGUGAUGGAGGAUGCUGUAGACGCGAGAGGGGUGGAUUUGCAACCGCAACGGGAAGCAAAUCUGUACGCCUACCUUUACUUCGUCAUCUUCAUCGUCUGCGGUUCAUUCUUCACGCUCAAUCUAUUUAUCGGAGUGAUCAUAGACAAUUUUAACAUGCUGAAGAAAAAGUACGAAGGUGGAGUGUUAGAAAUGUUUUUGACCGAAAGUCAAAAACACUACUACACUGCCAUGAAAAAGCUUGGCCGUAAAAAGCCGCAAAAAGUUAUAAAACGUCCGAUGAACCAAUUCCUCGCAAUGUUCUACGACCUGUCCAAUUCUCGCAGAUUUGAAAUAGCUAUCUUCGUUUUGAUAUUUCUCAACAUGCUGACUAUGGGAAUCGAGCACUAUAACCAGCCGCAUCCAAUUUACUUCAUCCUCGAAGUAUCUAACGCGUUUUUCACGACAGUCUUCGGCCUGGAGGCGAUUGUCAAGAUAGUGGGUCUGCGUUAUCAUUAUUUCACGGUGCCAUGGAAUCUGUUCGACUUCCUACUAGUGUUGGCGUCCAUUCUGGGUAUACUUAUGGAGGACAUCAUGAUAGACUUCCCUGUGUCCCCGACGCUCUUGCGAGUCGUGAGGGUGUUCAGAAUCGGCAGAAUCUUGAGGCUCAUCAAGGCCGCGAAAGGUAUUCGUAAGCUGCUCUUCGCCCUUGUCGUCAGUCUUCCAGCGCUCUUCAACAUUGGGGCUCUGCUGGCCCUGAUCACGUUUAUCUAUGCCAUCAUCGGCAUGUCCGUUUUCGGACAUGUUAGGAAACAGGGCGCAUUGGACGAUAUGGUGAACUUUGAAACUUUUGGUAGAAGUAUGCAGCUGCUAUUCCGUUUAAUGACCUCGGCCGGAUGGAACGACGUAUUGGAAUCGCUGAUGGUGCAACCACCCGAAUGUGAUCCCACUCCAAACAGCCGGCAGAUGAACGGAGAUUGCGGAUAUCCAUUGCUCGCGAUCACGUACUUCACAUCAUUUAUUAUCAUUAGCUACAUGAUAGUCAUUAAUAUGUACAUUGCCAUCAUCUUAGAAAACUUCAAUCAAGCUCAUCAAGAGGAGGAAAUUGGUAUCGUCGAGGAUGACUUAGAGAUGUUCUACAUCCGAUGGUCGAAGUACGAUCCACAUGCAACUCAAUUUAUCAGCUUCUCGCAACUGAGUGAUUUUAUAGCGAGCCUGGACCCACCGCUGGGGAUAUCAAAGCCCAACGUCGUAGCGUUGGUGAGCUUUAAUCUUCCCAUCGCAAAGGGUAACAAGAUUCAUUGUCUGGACAUCCUACACGCGCUUGUCAAGCACGUUCUCGGGCACGUCGAGGAAUCAGAUGACUUCAGGAAACUGCAAGAACAGAUGGACAUUAAGUUCAAGAAGCAAUUUCCGACCAGGAAAGAAUUAGAGAUAGUGUCUUCCACGAGGAUCUGGAAGCGACAAGACAAAGCUGCCAAGUUGAUUCAACAUUGCAUAAGGGAAUACAUAGCGUUGAAAAGGGAGCGCGAGAGAAUCGCCCAAGAGGUGGACUCGCAGACGCAAACUUCGAGCCCUGGUGGGGCGGAUGGUAGGGGCGGAAGUGGAUGGGGCGGUAAGCUGUCAGCUCUGCUGCACGUGCAUCGGGGUAGCCGGGCUAGUAGUCGCAAGUCCUCCAGGGCCAGCGACGCCAGCGAUCUCAGCGAACUCGGCACCGCUUCGGCGUGGCUGUUUCCAAAUCUUCCUCUGCUGUUGCUCUCAGGCGCCACAGGAACCCACGAGGACCUGCAACCUCCGGCACUGACCGUCUCCCGUCCCUCACCGACCACCGAACAACCUUCCGCCGCUUCCAGCUCCGGCUCGGACUCCCACGUCACUGUCAGAUCGCUGGGUCCCACGUUGGGCCGACAGGAUGCAGUGGAGAAGUAUUCGGAGGAGGAUGCAACCAGUCCGCCGAUCUCGAAGCGCGGCUCGACUCUGAGGCCGAGCGGCACCGCUCUCUCACUGAACGCGCUGCAGCGAGACAUCAAGGAGGCGUUCAACAGACGCUGCGGCAGCUUGAGACGGCGGACGCCACCGUCGGAACCGGUGCAGCUGCCGAUCGAGAGCAGUAGCGACCGGGUAAGUAUCCUGGUGACGGAGCCGAGUCCGGAAAACACGGCACCGCCUACGAGACCGCCGUUGAUCCGGCAGCAAUCGGAGGCGACGGUGGUGCACGUGCUGGUGCACAGGGAGAGCGAGGAGUAUCAGGACACCCCGGACGAUAGCUGAUCCUAGUCGACGGUGAGCGAUCACGAAGAAUAGCGGGCAGCAGCGAUGCGACUCAGUGAUAAUACAUACGUAGACGUAUAUAUAUCUAUAUACAUAUGUAAACUUUUCACACAGCGCGCAGUUCUAAUUAGAUAGGACGAUGACCCACGUGGCUUCCUCUCCCUCGAGAUGGAGUUGCGUAUGUGUAUGCGUGUGUUAACGUGUGCGUGUGUCGUCGAAGCGUCGAAUGAGAGAGACUGUAAUAUGUUAUAGCGAUGGUUCUCGGCCGAGGAAAACUAAUGGCGACUCAGUAAAAUGCUUCUUCUUUCGAAUCGAUUACGUGCUUUUGCGAAUAUCCGUUCUUUCAGAAGCGCAUUUUAUAUCGAAUCUGUGAUUUUAGAAAUAACGGAUCAAAAUUGGCCGAUUUUGUGCUUGUAAUUUACUAUACGAAAAUGCUUCCUAAUUCUAACGAUUGUCGUAGACAUCCCCGUAUGAUCAUUAGCAGUGAUAUUAGACUGCAAGAAAUGCUAACGAUCUGGCGCAAUCUUGUUGUAUGUAACAUUUACAGUGAGAUUGGCGUGACGUUUUAUUCUGAACAAAAGUAAAGUUUUCGAUUUACAAUGCUUUUAUUAGCUGAAGAAUUAUGCCUUGCAAAAUAGUGUAUAACUAUAAUUAUAAAAAAAUUUAUUGCACAAUUUUUCAAACAUCUGCCUAAAAUUAAGAGAUGUAAUUCUCGAGACGGUAAAUAUUUACUUCAUUAUGAAGAAAGAAAGGUUGAGAGCCAUUGCAUGCAGAGAAAACGAAGAAAGGGACAAGGAUGAGGUUGAAGAGAAAUUUUUUACAAUUUUUCCAUUAAGAUCAUAGAAUGGAACAACGUCGUUCGAGGAACCUGGAUCAUUACUAUGUAUGUUAACGCCAUCUUGCUCUUUUUGAAGAUGCAUACGCAUACCAGGUUCCCCGUAAUGACGAAUAAAUUAUUUAAAAAAUUGCCAGCGUAGCGGAAAUACCAGAUGUAGCCGUUUUCGAAAAACGAGAGCGCAAUUUGUUGCAAGAAUGCAUCGAAGUUCUCGAAGUGGAUUGAAAUUUAAUCUAAUAAGAUUCCAAUUUUUGAAAGUUAAAAAUAAUAAAUGCAAGUUUGUGGACAGAAUUUGCAAUGAUUUCGACGAUUGUUUCGAUCAAUAAUUAUUAUCACAUUAUUAUAUAUUAUAUAUAGAAAGUUGAGAUUCGCAGAAUAUUAGAUAUCAGUGUAUAUAGUAUAAAUAACGAACACUUUAUUAAUUUUUGCUACGUAAAAAAAAUCCUCAUCGACGCGAUUGACGAAUCAUUAAUGAUACUAAUACUAGUAUUAAAUUCUAAGAGCAAUUCUAACGCUUUUCAAGAACACUUUAAGUAUAUAAUAUAAAUGUAUAAACACACUUUAGUCACGCACUUUCGACACUUUUUGAUUAUACCUAUAUGUACAAAUUUCAAUCGCAGCAUUAGUUUACAUUAGCAGUCUUUUGUCUAUGCCAUAUAUAAUUAGUAUUAAACGUAAGAUGCAUAGGAAAAAAGUAAUCUUGUCGAGCAGAGAGAAAAAUAUGUGCAUAAAUCGCGAUGAAUAAGAAAUAUAAUUAUAUUAUGAAUGCAUUAAGCUAUAAAUUAUUCACACAAAUCAAUCAGCGCUAAAUCGAUGCUCUUACGAGUACAUUCGAAUUUAUUGCAUAAUAUCGAUUACAAGUAACUAUUUUGAGAUAAAAUAGAAUUUUGUGUGUAUGUGUGUGUGUAUGUCAAAACGAUGAACUUUCCUUCGAGAUAGCGACUAUUUCUAGUAAGUUACGCUACCCUGGUAAAAAUAUACUUUGGAUCUAAUUCGCUUCUUCGAAUAAAUUUUGAAGAAAUUUAAUCUCUUUCUCUCCCUUUUUCAACAUAUCUAUUAAUUUUAAAAAUUAUCAC